UUGUUUGUUUCGGUCGCGUCUUUGGAACGUUUCCUGAUUUUCUUAGUGAGAAAACCAACGCAAAAAUGUCGUUUAAAGGCUCAAAGGUGCAAAAGGUGAUGGUCCAACCCAUCAACUUGAUUUUUCGCUACCUUCAGAAUCGAUCCCGCGUCCAGGUUUGGUUGUACGAGAAUACUCACCUGCGGAUAGAAGGACAUAUCGUCGGUUUCGAUGAGUAUAUGAACCUGGUUCUGGACGAGUCCGAAGAGUACAACAUCAAGAAACAGAACCGACGCCAGCUAGGACGGAUUAUGCUGAAGGGGGACAAUAUUACACUCAUCCAAAACGUCCAGACCCACUAAGGGUGGUGGAGAUGUUUUAGGUCUAUUGUUUGGAGAUUCCAGUUAUUUUUGAGUGACUGAACAGUGGUUUGAUUUCAUUCAAACACUUAUUAGCGUAAUAAAAGGCUGCAGGCGUAGGUUUGUGUGGGGAUUCGGUAGAAAUCUGCGUAAAUAAAUAAAGUGAAUUGAA